AACCUGUACAGUGUGACAGACUGACAGUAAGGAAUCUGAAUAUCCAGUUUUCCUCUUUCACCCCACCCCCGCCUCUCUCUUCCUUCUAGUUUUCUCUACGUCCCCUCCACCUUUUUGGUAUCUCUAUAUAUAUUGGCGAAUUUCUGCAGUCUUCUUAGCGCUCUCACAUUUGUUCCCUUCCCUUAAAACCAUUCCCACACCCAAAUUUUAAGGAGCUAUUCUCUUUGUACUUGAAUCUUCUUCUGUCCUAUUUGGAUUCUUUUUCACUGUCCCCUGCAUCAUGUAAAUCUGCUGUUGUCUUAUUUGUUUCUUAUCUGCUAAAUUUUAUUUGGUGUCUCAUUUCCUCGUGCAUUGUGUUCUUUUGAAGUUUCCCCAGAAAUAUUUCGACUGAUAGUGCCAAUUAGAAAAUGGUGUAUUUUGCUACUACAAUGGCUUUUUAUAGACUUGCUGCCAUUCCCUAGUCCUUUAACUGUACAGCUCUACCAUUGUCACUUUUUCCCCACAACAGAAAUAUCAUCAAAUUCGUUAAUUAUACAAGUCCAACGACUUCUCUAACUUAAAUAAAAGGUAAACGAGAAAGGCAAGAAAGAGUCUUGAUUUGAGUGGUUAAAUUGUUACCUGCUCAAAUGGAGGAGUCAUUUGUGCCUUUUCGUGGAAUCAAGAAUGAUCUGCAGGGACGUCUGGUGUGCUACAAGCAAGAUUGGACCAGUGGAAUCAAAGCUGGCUUCAGGAUCUUGGCACCCACCACAUACAUAUUCUUUGCCUCGGCAAUUCCAGUGAUUUCAUUUGGCGAGCAGCUGGAGAGAAACACUGAUGGAACGCUAACUGCAGUUCAAACAUUAGCAUCAACUGCAAUUUGUGGAAUUAUACACUCCAUCAUUGGUGGUCACCCUUUGUUGAUUUUAGGAGUUGCAGAACCUACGGUCAUAAUGUACACAUUCAUGUUCAACUUUGCUAAACAACGACGUGAACUCGGUCCUGGUCUCUUUCUAGCUUGGACUGGUUGGGUAUGCGUCUGGACUGCAAUUUUACUCUUCUUAUUGGCAAUAUUAGGAGCUUGCUCCAUUAUUAACAGGUUUACCCGUUUGGCUGGUGAACUAUUUGGCAUGCUUAUUGCAAUGCUCUUCAUGCAACAAGCUAUCAAAGGCCUGGUAGAAGAGUUUCGUAUUCCGGAAAGAACCAAUCCUCGUUUAACAGAGUUCAUGCCUUCGUGGAGAUUUACUAAUGGAAUGUUUGCCUUGGUUCUCUCCUUUGGUCUACUGCUAACUGCUUUGAAAAGUCGAAAAGCAAGGUCAUGGCGAUAUGGAGCAGGUUGGCUUCGUAGUCUUAUUGCAGACUACGGUGUGCCACUUAUGGUUGUGGUCUGGACAGCAGUUUCCUACAUACCAUCUGAAAGUGUUCCUCAAGGAAUUCCAAGACGUCUCGUCAGCCCAAAUCCAUGGUCACCUGGUGCUUUUGAGAAUUGGACUGUUAUCAAGGACAUGCUAAAAGUGCCAGUUCUCUACAUACUUGGUGCUUUCAUUCCUGCAACAAUGAUUGCGGUGCUUUACUAUUUUGACCACAGUGUGGCGUCUCAACUGGCACAGCAGAAAGAAUUCAAUCUUAGAAAGCCACCUUCUUUCCAUUAUGACUUGCUUCUUUUAGGGUUCUUGACACUAAUGUGCGGCCUUGUUGGUAUCCCUCCAUCAAACGGUGUGAUCCCACAGUCCCCAAUGCAUACAAAAAGUUUGGCUACUCUUAAACACCAGUUGCUUCGCAACAGACUUGUUGCCACGGCUCGCAAAAGUAUGCAGAAAAACUCAAGCCUGGGACAAUUAUAUGGGAAUAUGCAGGAAGCUUAUCAACAGAUGCAAACUCCUCUGAUCUACCAAGAGCCAUCAGCUAGACAGGGUCUGAAGGAGUUAAAAGAAUCAACAAUUCAGUUAGCGUCAAGCAUGGGAAACAUUGAUGCUCCAGUGGAUGAAACAGUUUUCGACGUUGAGAAGGAAAUUGAUGAUUUGUUGCCAGUUGAAGUGAAAGAACAGCGCGUCAGUAACUUGCUUCAAGCCACUAUGGUAGGGGGAUGUGUUGCUGCAAUGCCAGUGCUCAGAAUGAUUCCAACCUCAGUGCUAUGGGGAUAUUUCGCUUACAUGGCCAUUGAAAGUUUGCCGGGCAAUCAAUUUUGGGAGAGAAUAUUACUGCUAUUCACUGCACCAAGCAGAAGAUACAAGGUUCUAGAGGAUUAUCAUGCCACUUUUGUAGAGACUGUGCCUUUCAAGAGCAUAGUGACAUUUACAAUAUUCCAAACACUAUAUUUGCUUGCUUGCUUUGGAAUUACAUGGGUUCCAAUCGCGGGGCUCCUUUUCCCUCUUUUGAUCAUGCUUUUGGUUCCUGUGAGACAAUACAUAUUGCCUAAGUUUUUCAAAGGGGCACACCUUCAAGAUUUAGAUGCAGCAGAUUAUGAAGAGUCACCAGCUGUACCAUUCAAUAUUCCUACGGAGGGUGAAUUUGGCUCAAGACCUUCCUACGCAGGAAGUGGCGAAAUUUUAGAUGAGAUCAUUACUAGAAGCAGGGGUGAAGUCAAACGCAUUAACAGUCCGAAGAUCACAAGUUCAACAGCACCCCCUCCUCAAGAGUUCCGUGUAAAAAGCGUGUACGUUGUCACACUCCCUGCCUUCCAAAGGGCUGAAGAAACCAGUCCAUGACUUGACAUCGGUAGAAUGCUACCUCCAUCGGGGAGCUCCGGCAGGGGGACUUGAGUCUCAGCAGAACCUUCCCUUUUCUUCUCUCUCCUUUCCCUCAUCUCCCGGGCCUCAACCGAAUUUGCUCCAUUUUGCUCAGUUGGGGAGCGGAGGUACCCUCGAGCGGUGUAUGGGCUGUGAUAUUUGUGGUAGCGGGGGUAGAACUCGGAAGGCUGGCCAAGGUUGUGUCCUUCCGAGCGGACGAGGUCGGCUCGGUGACCGAGGGCUUGCGUGGAGGCGGCAUUGCGACCACGGGCUUGGACGUCACUUCAACAUUUCUCUGCUUUUUUGAGGCCCGAGUGAAGGCAUAUAUGUCGAACGGAUUCACAAUAAACAAAGGCGAUUGAAAAACAUAAAAAAAA